UGAGCGUGCAGACAGUCUGGAUGCAGACGGAGUCGCACGCGGACGCGCCGACGGACGAACCUCCGGCCUCACGGACCCGGCAGCGGAUCAUAGCCGAGCGGAGAGCGCCGAGCCCGGUGACCAUGUCGGUGCUCGGCCCCGCCCCCAGCAGCGCAGACGCCUGCCUCAGCAUCGUCCACAGUCUGAUGUGCCACCGGCAGGGCGGCGAGAACGAGGGCUUUGCCAAGCGCGCCAUCGAGAGUCUGGUGAAAAAGCUGAAGGAGAAGAAGGACGAACUGGACUCGCUCAUCACCGCCGUCACCACCAACGGCGUGCACCCCAGCAAGUGUGUCACCAUCCAGAGGACGCUGGACGGCCGGCUGCAGGUACGGCGGUGAAAACCCGACAGAGGGCCCACAGGAAGGCUUGAGGCUCAGAGAGGAAGUAGUCACCUUAUUUUAUUCUGACAGAGUUAGAAAGAUAACAGGACUUCAAAGAAAAAGUCUUUAAAGUCUUCAGGCUCCGCCCCUCACCUGGUCUGCACCUGAUCCUGUCCUUCCUGUGUCCUCUGUCGGCGCUCCAGGAGCUCCUCACCGCUGAUAUAAUAAUAAUGAUGAUGAUGAUGAUGGAGCUGUGAGCAGCACCUGGGUGUGUCCCCCAGUCUCUCAGUAAUU